UUCUUUUUUUUUUUUUAAGAUGGUGGUGAUGUUGCUGCCAGUAGCUUUCAUUACCAAAUUUGAUUGGCAAGGCAUUCGGGAUAUGAGUUAGGAAAAUAGAAGUGGAAGUCUUCUGCUGUUUAGGGACGGGCCAAUCAAAGCCUGCAAAAUGAAUGAAGACAUCACGUCAACAGACAACAAUAACACAGAUGAGGAGGGAAAAGACUUUGCUGACAGCUUUAACCAGCUUGAGCUACUGGAAACCCACCGGCAUCUCAUUCCUAGAGGAACACAGAGUCUCUGGUCUGGAGACUCUGAUGAGGAAGACCAGGAAGAAAAAACGGAGGAAUGGUACCAGGCUCAAGAGAAAAAGUUGGCAAACAGCCCAGAUAAGCUUCUGCUUUGGGCAGCUGAAAAAAAUAGGCUUAGCACAGUGCAGAGGCUCUUGUCUCAAAACCUUGUGUCUAUAAAUGUCCAGGAUGAAGAUCAGUACACUCCUCUUCACCGCGCCGCCUACAAUGGACACAUGGAAGUGGUGCGUGAGCUGAUUGCUCAUGGGGCAGAUGUCCACGCGUUGACUGUGGAUAGUUGGACACCUCUGCACAGCGCCUGCAAAUGGAACAACACCAAAAUUGCCUCCUUCUUGCUCCAGCAUGGGGCAAAUAUCAACGCUCAGACCAACGGGUUGCUGACGCCUCUUCACUUGGCAGCCGGAAACCGGGAGAGCAAAGAAACCCUGGAACUGUUACUCAUGAAUCGAUACUUAAAGCCAAAUCUCCGAAACAACUUGGAAGAGACGGCUUACGAUAUUGCUCGAAGGACUGAUAAAUACCACUACUUGUUUGAGAUCGUCGAACACUGCACAAACUCGGUCACAGAUUCUUAGGAAUUGUAUACCUAGCCCAGACGGCCAGUGCGCUUUAAUGGAAUCUAUUUUGCCAUUGCAUUCCCAGUUCUUUGCGUCAUAACUUAGCAGGCGCUAAAAUAAGGCUCUGUUGAGUAACACAUUAUUUUUAUAAGAUAAGUUA